AUGGCUCCCAAAAAGAAGGAACAACAGCAGAAAAUGUCCCUCGGGGACUUUCUGACUGACUCAGGCUUCGGUGGAGGCUCUUGGGCCGACGAGGUUGAAGAGACCUAUGUUACCGGCACCCAGCCGCUGCCGCCCAGCGAUAGGCCUCGCCCCAUGGGUGGCAUGUCGUCCUGGCAGGACCGAGCAUACGCUCCCCGCGAUUUUGGCCCCCAGCCUAUCCCCGACAAGCCACCUUACACUGCUCACCUUGGCAAUCUCUCCUAUGACGCCACGAUGGAAACCGUGGAGGAAUUUUUUGAGGGUUGCGAUGUUGCCAGCGUCCGAAUCAUUGAGGACCGCGAGAUGAUGCGCCCCAAGGGCUUCGGCUAUGUCGAGUUUGCUAACGUGGACGGACUUAAGAAGGCCCUCGACCUCGAUGGGCAGUCUUUCCAGGGAAGAAUGAUCAAGAUCAAGGUGGCCGAUCCUCCCCGCGGAGGCGACGGGCGAAUGGACUCUUCCCGCGACCUGACCGACUGGACCCGCAAGGGCCCGCUUCCCGACCUUCCUGGCCAGAGAUCCAGCCGCCAGCCGUCUGAUUUUGGACCCCUGUCUCCGCUGGCCCAGCAGGAGUUUGCACCCCGGCCUCGCGACGACAGCCGCCCCCGUCCUGCCCCGGAGGGGCUCGGCGAACGCAGCGAAUCGUUCCGCGGCAAUCGACCAGGGCCCCCCGCUUGGGGCGAGGGCCGGCAAGAGGGCUCUCGCCCACCCCGCCGAGAUCAGCCCGAGCGCGUUGUCACUGCAGCCGAGAAGGACACGCAGUGGCGAGAUCGGAUGCGCCCCGAUGCGCCAGUCAAGUCGUCGCCGCCAUCCCGCGAGGGCAGCGAAGCCCCGUCAUCCCCCUCUAUGCCGUCGGCUGUUGCCGCCGUCGGCCCAGCCGUGCGCCCGCGCCUGAACCUGCAAAAGCGGACCGUGUCGGAGGUCACAGAGUCCGUGAUCACUCCCACGGGCAGCGGCGACACCAAGGCGAGCCCGUUUGGCGCCGCCCGCCCCAUCGACACGGCCACCAAGGAAAAGGAGAUUGAGGAGAAGAGACAGCAGAGCGUCCGAGAGAAGCGCGAGGCUGAGGAGAAGGCCAAGGAAGAGCGACGCGUGGCCAAGCAGGCGGCGGCGGCCAAGGCCGAGGCCGACGCUCAGGAACAGAGUGCCAAGGAACUGGAAGAGAAGGCGGCGGCCGAGAAGGCUGCGGCCGAGGCCAAGGCGGACAGCGCGCAAGCAGAGAAGCAGAACGGAGAGUCGGCGGAGCAAAAGGUGCCGAUCCGGAGCCAGGAGCCCCGCGAGCCCAAGGACCAAGUGGCAAACCCCAAGUCGAGAGCGGCCGAGGCCGGCAGCUGGAGCGGACCACGGGGCGGCCGGGGCGGCGGGGCCCCACGCGGCGCCCGUGUCGAGGGUCGUGGGGGCCGCACCAACGGCUCGCCGACGCAGCCGGCGGCUCCGGCGGGCGAGUCGCCGGUCGAGUCCCCGAACUCGCCAGACGAGGAUGGCUGGACGACGGUGCCCAACAAAAAGGGCCGCCAAGGCCGCCCCGUGGCGUCGUGA